GCUUUUUCCCGGAAGAAAGAUGGCCGCCGCUGGCGUCGAGGGCGUCGCGGUGGGCCUUCCUUGAGCAUCCCCCGGGCGAGGGGACGAGCGCUGGGGCGAGAAUCUGCGUGGGGCGGCGCCUGGGGCCCAACACAAGAUGGUGUCUAAGCAGGCCUUCCUCUGCAGCCUGGGCUCUCUUUAUGUGUCUCUCCUGCUCGUCUUUCUGCUCAUGGACGUCUACGCCAGGCCGGCCAACAAUUCGUUCCUAAAGGAGAAGGGAACUGACAGAGAUGAGAAUGAAAUCCUCCCCCCGGACCACCUGAAUGGGGUCAAGAUGGAGAUGGACGGGCACCUUAACAAGGAGUUUCACCAGGAGGUCUUUCUGGGCAAGGACAUGGAGGAGUUUGAUGAAGAUUCAGAACCCCGAAGGAACAGGAGGAAGCUCAUGACCAUCUUCUCCAAGGUGGACAUGGACAAGGACCGAAGGAUCAGUGCCGGGGAGAUGCAGCGGUGGAUCAUGGAGAAGACGGAGGAGCACUUCCAGGAGGCGGUGGAAGAGAACAAGAUGCACUUCAGAGCUGUCGACCCUGAUGGGGAUGGCCAUGUGUCGUGGGAUGAAUAUAAAGUGAAGUUUCUGGCAAGCAAAGGUUUCAAUGAAAAAGAGAUCGCAGAAAAGGUCAAGAACAACGUGGAACUGAAGAUUGACGAGGAAACUCAGGAAGUUCUCGAUAACCUGAAGGAUCGUUGGUACCAGGCUGACAACCCCCCAACUGAUCUGCUGCUGAAUGAAGAAGAGUUCUUGUCGUUCCUCCAUCCUGAGCACAGCCGGGGGAUGCUGAAGUUCAUGGUCAAAGAGAUUGUCCGGGACUUGGACCAGGACGGCGACAAGAGGCUUACUCUGUCAGAGUUCAUCUCUCUGCCGGUGGGGACGGUGGAGAACCAGCAGGCGCAGGAUGUCGACGAUGACUGGGUGAAGGACCGGAAGAAGGAAUUCGAAGAGGUGAUAGACGCAAACAGGAAUGGGAUCGUCACCAUGGAAGAGCUGGAGGAGUACAUGGACCCCAUGAACGAGUACAACGCGCUCAGCGAGGCCAAGCAGAUGAUUGCCGUGGCAGACGAGAACCAGAAUCGCCACCUGGAGCUGGAGGAGAUCCUGAAGUACAGCGAGUACUUCACGGGGAGCAAACUCAUGGACUACGCCCGCAACGUCCACGAGGAGUUCUGACCCCACCCCCGAGGACGAUGACACCACCCCUCCCCCCGCCCCCUGCCACCACCCCUGCCGAAGGGCUCACAGCACCUUGUCACCCGACCCCGACUCCCUGGAAGCGGGAGACCGACACCACCUUGCUGCUAGCCGUGUUCCGUGUGCGUGCGUUAUGUGUUCAGACUGACGGCUGCCCCUCCAGAGACCCCAAGGUAGUUGGCCUCACUGGAAGGAGGGAACGAGGGGCCAGGCAGAGCUGACCCAACUCUAUGCCCUCCUGGGCAGAGGACCGGUCAUCUAGGGAGCGAUUUUGCCCCCCUCCCACCAUUGAAAAGCAUUAAUUUUGUGCCUGGAAACGCUGUUCUGGAUCAUAUGUCCGACGGGGGAGGUUAUAGAGGCGUCGCUGGGCUUCCUGAGAUUCCUGGUUCGGCGUCCUGGUGGGCCUGGAGUGGGAGGGAAGAGGGAUUUGGCUGUGGGAGAGCUGUGCCCUUCUUGCUUGGCUUUCUACUUCCCCUCCACCCAGACCCAGUAAGCAACAAAACAGGCAGGCUGCCACCCCCAAAUGACCCCCUGCCCCUCUCUCUAGACAGGUUUUCUCUUGUAUUCAAAAAAAACACACACAACAACUCUGGAAUGAUUUGGGGCGUGUUUAUUAAAUGUUAGGGGGAGAAGGGGAUGCUGCCAGCACCCAGCGUUGUGCACACUUCUGGCCCUGCCCCAGAACAACACCGACACCAUGCCUGUAUGCGCUCCAUUGGAGUCAGAGUGGGCAGUUUAUUAAUAACAAUAAUAAUAAUAAUUGUGGUAUUUGUUAAGCGCUUUCUAUAUGCCAGGCACUGCACUAAGCAGUGGGGUAGAUACAAGAUACAAUUUGUUCUGCUCACUUUCUCAUGUGCCUCAGGAGCUGCUCUUUGGAAGCCCGGCAGCAGCCUCCUCACCCACCAAGUGUCCUGGGUACCUAGAGGUAAGAGGGCACCCUGGGGGCUGUAUGCGGCCUCUCCCAGAGGAGAAGAAAAGGUUGGCGGCAAGCUCCUUGAAAGCAGGGAUCAUGUCUACCAACUCCAGUACAGUGCUCUGCUUCCAGUAAGCGCUAAGCAAAUGUCAACAGUUGAUUGACUCUGAUUGAAGGCCCCUGGGCUCCAGGAACUGUCCCAAGCACUUGGGAGAGUUCAGCAGACGCAAGCUGUACAUCCCCUGCCUUCAAGGAGCUGACGGUCUAACGGGGAAACAGGCGUUAUUUACAAAACGAGCCGGGGGAAGAACUCGGAUCUAACAUACGUCAUGAUGAAGCAACUGAAUAAAUAAUUAAAUCCA